AGGCUCGCCCUUCGCAACACAUUUCCCCAGGGAAAUGUCAGAGCCAGGAGGGAGCAGUCUUGGAAGCCAUGCCUUUCAGAGCAUGACAGACGUCCAGCUGAGGCAGGCCAUAACCCAGCUGUCCACCGCUGCAGGUCUUCGUCCUCAGCCGCCGCAAAACCCUGCCACAGCCGUCCCAGCGCAGGUCCAUCCAGCGUACAUGAACAACAUCAGGCAUUGGUCAAACUCUGUAACGCCCCCUCCCGCAAAUGGCAGAACAAACCCCAGCAGAAAGACUCGGGCCGCGAAAGGGAGCUCUUUGGCAGCAACGCCCCAACCUUCAACCAGCGCAUAUCCACCCACCAUCCAGACGAACAUCCCCCGUGUAGCGACGCCAAACGCCAUGGGCAUGCCCGCGGCUCUUGCUCAGGACCCUAGGGCCUACCCUCCACGAUCUGCACUGCCCACCAAUCCUCAGGCCCUGCGAACAUCGUACGCUUCCCGCCUGCGAACAGGCGCCACCCUCCUUAUGCAGCCCGUCCUCUCUGCACCAACCGCUGUAGCUGUGGCCACCCGGAGCACGCGCCGCGGAGGCUUCAUUAACUACGCCGAGCCCGGCUCUGGCGACGAGUUUCCCGAUGCAGGCGCCAUCGACUCGGACGACUCGGACUUCAUCGCGGGCGGCGGCGUGAAGACUAUGGUGCGCACUACUGCCAGGCUACCGAGCAAGGCUCCCGUCGGGGCGGGCGUGUUCAGCGCGGGAGGGGUCACACACAUCGUACAGGCCGCGCCGCAAACUCCAAUGCCGGCACAGAGGACCUCGUUAGAUCAGAGCUAUCUCGGCAGGAUUCCUCCGGAGAGGUUUAUCGCGGCCAAAUCCGCGCAAUCGACGUCACUUCCUUACUUCACGCCCGACUCCCUGGAAGUGCAAGCACGAAAGCCAGUUGCGCUGAUCCCUAUCCGCGUGGAAUUUGAAACAGACGCACAUCGAAUUCGCGACUGCUUCGUCUGGAACUUGCACGAAGAUCUGAUACCCCCAGAAGUUUUUGCACGCACGUUCGUUCAGGACCUCGAUCUGCCAGAGCACCCCUGGGUCGAGUUGGUAGCGAACCAAAUCCGCGCGCAGCUGGAGGAGCACGAAGGCGUUGGUUCUAUGGAUUUCGACGUGGCUAACCCCUUUGGCCCCGGGGAGGACGAAGUACCAGAGUGUCGGGUCAUCCUCAGCAUUGACGUGCAAAUAGCAACAUACCACCUGCUGGACCACAUCGAAUGGGACCUGCUCUCGCCGCUCACGCCCGAACAGUUCGCCAGCCAGCUCUGCGCCGACCUUGGGCUCGCAGGCGAGGCGGUCCCGCUCGUCGCGCAUGCGAUCCACGAGGAGCUUAUCAAGCACAAGCGCGACGCGAUUGAGUGGGGCAUCGUCGGCGUCGACCCGCACCCUAGCGCGCACGAUGACCCCGACCGGCCGCGGGACCGCAGUGGGCUCAGCCUGCUCAAGGACAAGACGGGUCUCGGGCUUGGCUGGGGCCGCACGCCCAAGGACGGGCGCGGGCCCAAGUCUCUCAGGAGCGUGUGGCGGGACUGGGCGGAGACGGAGGAGUUCAAGACCCGGUUUGAGGUGCUCACGCCAGAAGAGGUGGAGAGGCGGGAGGUUGAGAAGGAGCGGGCAAGUCGUCGUUUGCGGAGAGAGACAUCAAAAUUCCAGGGAAGCAGAAGACGACGAUAGUCUCGGCACGCUCGUUUCUUGUUAUUGUAUAUCUUACGUUUAUAGUUC